ACCCACCAUUGCUUCCAGCCCUCUUCCCAUUCUUCUCUCACCACACCCACCAUGUCCCCAUCUUGGGAGAGCCUCCUCAACUCCUCCGCCGCCCGCCUGUCCUCGUCGGGAACGAAGAGGGAGCCGGCGGAGGAAAAGUCCGGCGCCGCCAUACUUGGAGUUGGAGAAUCCUCCGAUCAUGAGAUUCAUAUAUGGACUGAGAGAGAGAGGCGAAAGAAGAUGAGGAAUAUGUUUGCUAAUCUUCAUGCUUUGCUUCCUCACCUUCCUCCUAAGGCAGACAAAUCCACCAUAGUGGACGAAGCAGUAAACUACAUAAAAGGCCUUCAACAAACCCUUCAGAAACUCCAAAAACAAAAACUGGAAAGGAUCCAUAAUACUAAUGUCGCGCCCUACGCCUACGAUUCUCUGAAGCUUCUUCCUUCCCAGUCCUCAACUCGGGAGGCCUUUUUGGCCGAUCACGCGUCCUCCUCCAACGACAUGUCGGCUCUGCUUUUCUCCAACAGUACUACUACUUCUCCCAAUAUUAUUCCUGCUCGCAGUUGUUCUGUUUUCCAGACCUGGACUUCUUCUAAUGUCGUCCUCAACGUCUGCGGCGGCGACGCCCAGAUCAGCAUAUGCUCUGCCAAGAAGCCUGGCCUCUUCACCGCCAUUUGCUAUGUUCUCAAGAAGCAUAAGAUCAAUGUCGUUUCGGCUCAUGUCUCGGCCGAUAUCGAUCGGAGCUUGUUUAUGAUUCAAGCCCAUGCAAAUGGAGGAUGCAAUGAAUUUGGGACGGCGAUUGUGGCCGAGGAUAUAUUCAAACAAGCUGCGGGGGAGAUCAUCUUCUGGUUGUCUUCUUGAUGAUUGAUUCUCCACUCUCUAUUCAACAUCAAAGCCAUCGUAUCAAGUUUUCAUAACAUAAUUAACAUGUAGAGUAAUGGGUGUACUAUCUCUCUAUAUAUAAUUUUCUCAAAA